UCCCAGUGACGCUCUGCCUCUCGCGCCUGCCGCAGCCUAAUGAACCUCGCCUCUUGCUGCGGUCUCACAACAAAACAAAAGGCCUUAAAAUCCGCGACAUAUGUUAAAAAACGAUAGAUCACCACAACCAAAAUGACGGAGACCACUAAAACGCAUGUCAUUUUGCUGUCAUGUGGAAGCUUCAACCCCAUCACGAAGGGACACAUUCAUAUGUUCGAAAAAGCCAGAGAGUACCUACACAAGACUGGACGCUUCAUUGUGAUUGGGGGUAUCAUCUCACCUGUACAUGAUUCCUAUGGCAAAUCGGGCCUUGUCUCAAGCAGACAUCGUCUCACCAUGUGUCAGCUGGCAGUUCAGUCUUCUGAUUGGAUCAGAGUGGAUCCUUGGGAGUGCUACCAGGACACCUGGCAGACCACUUGCAGUGUUUUGGAGCAUCACCGAGAUCUAAUGAAGAGAGUCACAGGAUGCAUUUUGUCCAACGUUAACACACCUUCCACAACCCCUGUGAUUGGUCAGCCCCAAAAUGGGACUUCUACUAUUUAUCAAAACACAGCCAACAAGUCUGUGGCUAUUAAGCUUUGGGGAAAGAUGAGCGAAAGCCUGGGUAAAAUUUGCUGUGUUCGCCCGCACAUGGAACGUUAUACCUUUGUUGACGAAAAUGCCAAACUUGGUACUGCAAUGCGCUACGAGGAAAUUGAGUUGCGUAUCCUGCUCCUUUGUGGCAGUGAUCUCCUGGAAUCUUUCUGCAUCCCUGGCUUAUGGAAAGAAAGUAAUAUGGAAGUGAUUGUGGGGGAUUUUGGGAUAGUGGUGGUUCCUCGGGAUGGAGCUGACACAGAAAGGAUAAUGAACCAUUCAUCUGUGCUCCGAAAGCAUAAGGACAAUAUAAUCGUGGUAAAGGAUGAAAUCGAUCACCCGAUGUCAGUCGUCAGUUCCACCAAGAGCAGACUGGCUCUUCAGCACGGCGACGGUCACGUGGUGGAUUACCUGAGCCAGCCCGUCAUCGACUACAUCCUGCAGAGUCAGCUCUACAUCAAUGCUUCUGGAUAGGGUGGGGAAGUCCACUUCCGAGCCGUCAGUCAUCCCUGUCUGUCUCUCUGUGUGUAAUCUAGAGUAAAAUCCUCCUGUGCUACCACUGCUUUUCCAUGUAGAGGAGCAUUAAUCUGUCCUCCCCUCUUACUCGUGUCUCACUGGGAUGUACAGCACUGUGCCUGAGGGAUCUGCUCCACCAAUCAGCUUUAAGGGACUGGGUGGGCUUAGGUGCCCAAUAGGAGGAAGAGGAGAGAGCCUCGCUAACACUAUGACAGGAAAAGAGAGUGUUUUUGAUUGAAUUAGAUAAUUCAUUGCCUGCUAUAAUGUCGGUCUUUGCUGUUGAUUUAAUACUCUCUGUACUUGUAGUUGCAUGCCUACGGGUUUUCUUUCAGCGCAUGAGUGUUUAAAAUACCACGUAGACCGUAGUCUGUGGUUACAGUGUUUGCAAAAAAAACUGUGCUUUGACUCAUCUCACCUCUAAAUAUAUUUUCUAUUCAUCAAUCAACUGUAUGUACAGAGAACAUCUCAUAUACUUUAUUAUGGCUCAGUGUUUUGUCUUCAAUGUGCAUUCAUGUAUACGUGGAGUAUUUGCUUGCACAUUAAAGAAUGCGAUUUCAUUUACUUUGCUUUCGUGCGCAUUUACUUCUCACAGAGCUCCUUUGCUCAACAUUAACAUGCUAACAUGCCACGGAUGUGGUGUCUAGUAAAGCCGGUCACUGCCUGUGCAUCAAACCAUUUGUUUCAGGAUGAGAUUCCUUGCGCUUUCGCUUGUUUUGUGAAGAGUCCAC